GCACUCAGAUGGAGAUUGGCAGUGGCAGGAGAGCGAGGAAUUGACGAAUGAACUUGGCGCUUUCUUUUUGCAAAUCCCGGAGUAUAGCGAGCUGACACACCCAGCCUGCCUGUCGGAAUUGUCCCCUGGCCCACCUUUUCACGGAGGAGACAGCGGCGCUGUCUCCGCACCGCAGACUCUGGCCCAGAGAGCUUACUGGCCAUUUUACAAUUCGCACGCUGAGACUCACCCUGACAUUUCUCGUUCUUUGCACCAUGGUCUUCUCCUCUACUACCUGUAUUCUGGGUGUGGCGGCGCUCGCGUCGGCCUACCUUGCGGCUCCCGCCGCCGCUGCGGAUGAACCGCUCCCCUGGGACGGCCGCGUAUUCGACCUGACCGUCGACACGUUGCCGGACAAGUACCUGACGCACAUCCUGACCAUGCGCAACAAUGGCACGGACGGAAAGGUAUCGGACUACGUGUCGAUCGAGAAGGACGGUCGUUCACCCGGCUACAACGGUGACACGGGCGUCAUUAACAUCGGCGUGGACGCGAAAGCCAUUUUCAAGACGCAAAACAACUUCCGUCGCUCCGAGUUGGUGCAGAACAUUGCGGCCAACACCAAGGGCACCACAUUUUUUCGCACCAGCGUCAUGAAGGAGGAGGCAUUCUUGAACCCUUAUGCUUGGCAGAUGAUCUUCCCGGAGUCGCACAUCUUCGAGAUCCGUGUGGAUGCCUCGGCUAGUCCCGCUAAGAUUAUCUACCUGAACAACGGCACUUGGGACGCCAAGUGGGAGACUGAGUUCGUGCCGGGUACGUGGUACAACUUCGGCAUCGGUAUUUCGGCUGCCACGUCGGGCAACGGCUCUGUCCUCGAGUUCUACACCAGUGAAGGCGACAAGGAGCUCGCCCUUGAGGCCACCCACGACGUCGUGACCGAGUUCCCCUCGACCUACGAGUUCCAUUAUGGUCUUUUGACCCUGUCCGACGAUGGCAGUGAACCCAAGAUGAAUGCCAAACAGGACAUCGUGUCCUACAACGGUGUGUCGGUGGAGGCUGACGUUUCGACUUCUGCCACGGGCGAUGCUGCGUCCAAGGCUUCCAAGACUACUGGAUCCAUUGGUGCUGAGUCCUCGUCCUAUGUUUCCACGGAGACUACUGAGGCCCCGACCACGCAGAACGAGACCCCUGCCACCCAGAACGAGAUUCCCGCCACCAAGACGGGCAUCGUCAAGAGCUCAGAUGGUGGCUGCGCCCGCAAAUAAGUGCGCCUAAUGUUAUGUCUGUUGUGAUUUCGCUGAAGUGAUACAGACAGUGACGGAGACGAGAAACGUAAAGCAUCGGUCAGGAGAUGGCCUUGUAAAAAGGGUUUAUAUCCCUCUGUUAGCUGUAUCAUGAUGGGAUAAAUGUUCAAUCCAAGUUUUGCAGGAUUUUUGUAUACAAUCUGAAAAAA